UGCACAGAGGCAGAGAUGACAGAGAUACCGAGAUAUCCGCGUCUUGCUUUUGUUUAAUUGAGUUUUCCACUUCAGAGUCAACGUCAAAAACGUCUGAACAUUUUUAUUCAUAUUUAGGGGCCGGUACGCUCAAGUUACAAGCUGAAGGGGGGCAUUUGUUAACCCAGAGGGUACUGCAUCUUGCAAUUUUGUUCAAGGACAAUUGGAUUCCAAAUCGUGGAUUUGCACUUUCACAGCGGUGCACGUUAUCAGGUGCUGAACAUAUAGGGUGACCAUCCUAGAUGCUUCUAUGAGAUACGCGCUGCGGCUGUGUUUUCCGGCAGUUUUCAAGUUUUCUGAUUUUUCUCGAGAAUAUUUCGUUGGCGGUGUGCAUCGUUUUUAUGUCUUUUGGCUGUGUCCAGAUGGCGUGUACAUUUUUAUUUGUUGUGGCCAGUGCAGCACACACAAUUCGCGGGAUUUCCUCUGUCCUUGAAUGUGCCUGACAGGCUCUGCAGUCCCAGCGUCCCCGCCCCCUGUUUUCUGUGAUGGAAGCACCCUAAACGGGAUCCCCGUCCUCCUUGGCUGCGAACCAGCGGCAAAUCGGGACGGGGAAAGCAGUGAAGCGGACCGAAAUUAAAGUGGGGUGCGGAACAGUUUGGCUUUUGGUACCUCGCGUCUGCAAUGUUAAGGCAGCAGGAUGUUAUCUCCCGAGUUGGAAACUGAUACUGCUGCAGAAGACACGGCGCCCAACAGCCCAAAUGGAGUCGAGGAUACCCCGACCAGCUUGGAAGCCUUGGAAGAGCAGUGGCCCGUGAAGCAGUCCCUCAGCGCCUCCAUGUGCCGCGAAUCCCACUGGCGCUGCCUGCUGCUGUCGCUGCUCAUGUACGGCUGCCUGGGCGCCGUGGCCUGGUGCCAGCUGACCCGUGUCACCAAGCUGAGCUUCGACGCCGUGGCAACCUCGUCCCUGACGGCAUCCCUCACCUCAGUGCGCGGCGGCGGCAUGGGCAGCCGCUCGAUGAUAUACCACGACAGCCCCUGCUCCGAUGGCUACGUUUACAUCCCCCUGGCCUUCCUGCUCAUGCUCUACGCCGUGUACCUGGUGGAGUGCUGGCACUGCCGGGCGCAUAGCGAGCUGCAGUGCAAAGCCGACGUGGACAGCGUGUACGAGAGGGUGCUUCGCAUGCGGCGGGCGCGCCCUUGCGUCUGGUGGAAGGCCAUCAGUUACCAUUUUGUGCGCAGGACCCGGCAGGUGACCCGCUACCGCAAUGGGGACGCCUACACCACCACACAGGUCUACCACGAGCGGGUCAACACACAUGUGGCUGAGGGCGAGUUUGACUACAGCCACUGUGGGGUCAAGGACAUCUCGAGGGACCUGCGGGGGCUAGAGGGCCACCCCGCCACCCGGCUGCGCUUCACAAAGUGCUUCAGUUUUGCCGGCACCGGACCCGAGAACGCCUACCUCAGCCAACGGGCCCGGUUCUUCUCCGAAAUUGAGGGCUUAGACGACUACAUGGAGGCUCGUGAGGGCAUGCAGCUGAAGAAUGUCGACUUCAAGGAGCACCUGAUCGCCUAUGUGGACCCGGACCGCCUGCCGUGGUACGCCUCGCAGGUAGCCUUCUGGCUGGCUGCCCUGCUCAUGCUGUCUUGGCCUCUGCGGGUCCUCAUUGAGUACCGCACGGCCUACGUGCACUACCAUGUGGAGAAGCUCUUUGGGCUAGAGUACAGCAAUAGCAGUCCCUCUCCAUCGGGCGAUGAUGGCCCAUUGCACAAUGGCGGCUACAGCCUCCCACGAGUGGAGACAGCGGACAGCACCGAGCUGGAGUGGCACAUCCGGUCCAAUCGUCAGCUGAUCCCCAGCUACUCCGAGGCCAUGCUGAUGAAUUUAGGUGGCUCUGGUUCAGGGGAGACCAGGUCUUCCAACUGCUUCUUACAUGAAAGCUACGUGGCACGCAGCUAUGGGACGCUGAUCCAGGACUGCGAGCACUGCUGCCGCCUCCAGGACAGGCCCCGGAGAGCCACCCUCAGUUCCAGCUGCUCCUCCAUCUUCUCUCGGCAUGCCUUCCACUCCCGGCUCUCCCUGGACACGUCUCGCUUCUCACUCUGCCGCAUGUAUGGCUCGCGGCGCACCAUGGGCGUCUGGAGGAGCCGCAGCAGCACGCUGACGGACCGCUGCUGCCUGGAUGAGCAGUGUUGCCGCUCCUACUCCAGCCAGAUGGCACUGAACGAAAGCCCACCCACAUAUCGGGACGCUCACUUCUUCCCCGUCUUGAUCGUCCACCGACCCGAAGGCUGCCGAGAGUCGGGGGAGGGGCGGCGUUACUAUAUUCGACGGGGCUCCUGCUGCUUGGAGACCUCACUCUGAGAGCCUCAGCCCAGACACAUGAUAGACUGACUACAAACCUGAAGCUCUGUACUUGCCUGUUGAGAUAACCAGAAGCCACUCUGAUCACCCAGCACCCUUCCAGCAGAAGCUGAGGCUGGAUAUCAGUAGGCUCCUCUUCACAAGGGCUUCGAGACACAAAUGGCUACAGAAUAAUAUUCCCAAGCGACUUGUCAUUUCAUUCUUAAGGUGCUUUAUGCAAGUCACGAGGGAGGAAAUGACUGAGUCUGGGAGGAAAUGUGCAAACUGCCUUUGCUCUGUGCUGGAACUUUUCACAUCACAUCCCCUCCAUGUGUCCAUAAAAGCCUCCACGCUGAGGUAACCUUUUCCUGAGUGCCAGGUUGUACCAUCAUAGCUAUAAGCAAAGAAUUGUAAGGUCCUCUUGGCUUUCUUGAUUGCACCCCCCGCCCCCCCCAAGAAAAAGCCUUUCAGCCUCAACAGUACAAUUUGUUUUCUUAUGAUUGCACUAGCAGUUGCCCUCCCACCCCUGCUUUACCUUUUAUGAGACUAAUUGGAAUCCAGUGUAUAGACAUUUUGCUCCUGCCUGAGGCUGUUUCUCCCCCCGCAGUGGCUUCGCAGUGGCUUCGCAGUGGCUUUGAACACAAUAACUCAUUCAGUGUAAUUUAGGGUUUCCUUUCAAGUCUUCCGAAUUUGCGGCGGUUCAGCAAUUGCACUUCCAUUCCCCAUAAAUGUGCCUGUUUGCUGUCUCAGACCAGCCAGCACCACAUGCCCGUGCUCCUUCCAGAGACUCAGCUGCGGUGUCGACCUCAGAAAGGUCCAGAAGAUUCCCAGAAACUUCACACGUUUAAAUGGUUUUAUUUUGUUCACUUUAUAUGAUCAAUUCUGCAAGGUUCUUUAAGUCAGUUAACAUUCAUCAAUGUUUUUAAUGUACAAAAAAAACACAUUUUUAAGAAGCAUUCUUCAUGAUGACUUUGAGUAAGGUUUCAUAAGGUAAGACAGAGAUUAACCCAGCAUGAUCCUUCUAUACUCCAACUCCAGAUUAACAGUGGCAUCAGAUCAAUAUAAAAAACAUUAACAUGCUACAUGGCCAACAGUACAGAAUGAAAAAUUAAUAAUAAGUAUCCUGACAAACACACAUUGCACAGCUUAAGCACUUUCUGCUUUCAGGGUGGAUCUCCCUCCUCUCAGAGUAACUAACAACAAGGUUACUUGUGUAGGCCUUGACACCCUAUGAUGAAGAAGCUGUAUUAUGUGAGCAUGUUAGAGAGAGAUGUAUGAUGUCUUUUUCCACUAAUAUAUUUCUUGGUAUUCACUAUGUACAGUUAAUAAUCCAAGUGCAGAGGUCAUCCACAAAAACUAUUCCACACAUAGCAUCAUGAGCCAGUCAUUCAGAAACAAGGUCACACAGAAAAGAAAUAAACAAGUGAGGUAUUUAUGGUAUUUUUUUCAUUUUAAAAGGACCAUGCCUUAAGGGAUUUUACUUUUUUAUUUUCCUGUGAAUUUAUUGAGUUUUGAAUGUGCAACUUCUUAAGGCUCAUAAUUAAUACAUAGAUGUACUAGAAAUAAAUACGCAACAUGUUUCUUUGAUAGAAUUCACCGGUUCAGGCAUCACUUUCAAAAAAGUGGUUGGGACUUACAACGCGGUAGCACAAUUUUGUGUGGAGUUCCAACAUGAAUGACCAAGUAUAUUGUAAUUGUAGUCUUUGGUAGACAAUGCCUUAUUUGUUAUCAUACUUUAAUUUAGUUGAAAAUCUAAAAGUUUGCACAUCUUGCAGUACAGUUUGUGUAACCACACAAGUGAUUUAGAUACAUUUAACUUCAUGUGUCUGAUGCUUUUAUCCAAAGCGACUAAGAGGAGAGCUACAAUUAAUGUGUGCUCCCUCCGAUUGAAACCCAGAGGCUUUAGUUUGGUAGCGCAGUGCUCUACUUGUUGAGGCAUAAGAGGCAUAAGAGUGAGGUUAUUCAAAUGCUUAUGUUAAUGUUAACUUUUUAAAUGCGCAUUUGCCCAUAUAAAUCUAUGUGCAUACGAUCCCAUAAUCCCAUGGGAGUCCGUUUACGACAUGAGUGGGCUUCUUCUAGACAAGGUUAUAACCAUGGAAACAGUUCAUAUCCGACGCCCAAAGGCACUCAGAUGCAGAGAGAAAAGUGUAGCAAAGAUUCAGGCAGAAGAUGCAGCCAGUGAGUUAGUUAAUUUAUUUUUCUACAAAUUUACUAAUUCUGUACACUAGUGCCCAGUGCAACUACUUGGGGACCAACAACAUGUUUAAUCAACAUCUGGUCCAGAUGUCUUGUGAACCCCAGAAUUCCCAUGUAAUUCUGUAAGACUAAAUAUUUUAUGUACCAAUUUGUUUGUAAUAAAAGGUGAAUAUUAUGAAAUGUUUUCAAUAAUAUUUAUCAGACAUGAAAUGUAGGAAAGAGUUUUCUACAGAUAAGGAGAAAAUUUAUUUUAAAAGUGUAAACAACAUAAAGCUGGGUUACACGGCACUUAGGCCGUCGCAUAUAUAGGUGAGGUCCUCAAUGCAUCUGUCCACACAAACCUCCUUUUUGCCAAUAAAUUUGUUUCAUUUGUGCUGCUGCAGAUAGGACAUUACCGAUAUGUCUAUAUUUUACAAACUUUAGCUGUGUGCUGAUUCAUCAUCCACAUGUUCUGAUACAUCAACAACUGAGAACCCUGACAAAGCAUUUGAUUGGAUUUGAGUAAGAGGCAUACUCAAACAUCUAAGCCAGUGUUUCCCAACCCGGCCCUCGGGGGCCCACAGACGGUCCACGUUUUUGCUCCCUCCCAGCUCCCAGCCACGCUGUCUGUGGGUUCCCAACAACCAGAAUGGGAAACACUGAUCUAAGCAGAUGAAGGAUUUCACAUAUUUAGCACAAGUAUAUGGAUAUUUGGAAUGUGUCAUUACUUACUGGUUUUCCUACACAAUAUCGUAAUAGCUGUAAAAUUAGAUAAAUAUCUAACAUGUAAUCUGUUUGAAACUCGUCUGGAUAGUGAUGCAAACAUGAUGAAUAGUGCUGCAUCAUGAGAUCUUAUUAUGUGAGAGUAGGUGUACUGGUUAGUUUAUCAUUCUCUGUAUGUCGCUUGAUGAAUGUGGUACUUUGUAAUAAAAUAGGGGUUCCAUUUGUGACUAGGACAGGUGGAACUGUUCAUUGUGAGCGGGCAUUACGUGCAGUACUCACAGACAGGUAACCCUGAUGUGGUUGCAUUUAGUGCUGAAUAGGUCAAAAUAUGCAAUAUGUUUUACAUAGAGAUUCAUUGUUUGGUUGUUAUAUGAAUUUUCAAGCUAUCAAGUCAACAACGUCACACAAAAAAAUCACAGUUUUUACAAAAUUUGGACAAUGUCCCUCGUAUGGUAUAUUCAAUAGUGCACCAUAAUCUUAAAGUGUGCUGCAUAGACUUGGGGUUUUGAGCCUCAUGGUGACAAAGUACCACUGAUUUGAACUGGAGAAGAUCACUUACUGCUGGUGGGUAUCAAUCUACCAAAGUGGUCACAAAGAACCAAGAUGAAUAUCCUGGAAAGAAAUCACUUCCAUUAAACAAGUUGUAUAUCACCAGAUUUCAAAUGACACUGGACUGCUGAAUCGCAACCUGGAGAAACGCUGUGACUCUAAGUAUAAGCCCACAAAUAAUCCAUCAUUCAGGAAGAAAGCAUGAGUUUUUCAUAGUAAGACAUACGAACCCCAAAAUUAAGUAAGCUGUUUUAAAUAAUGUUGUUCCUGAAUUUAUUGUUUGUGGUCCAUUUUAAUUUCACUAUUUAAUUUCACUAUUUAAUUGUCACUGCUCAGAUAAAAAAAAUCAAAUUGACAUGUCUACACAUACGUUUUGACCUGUAGUCUCCAGGUUUAUCUCAAUUGAAACGAUUCUUAAUGAAGACAUAGCUACAGGUAUGUAUUGUGCAAGGAGGUGUCUCAUGGUUAUCAAUAAUAUUAU